AGGAAUCUCGUCCUCUCCGCCAUGUUCUGAUCUCCCUCGCAACCCUUCGAUUCUGCUUCAGCCACCCGAUCGAACAAUUGGCGCCACUGCCGCACUCUGCGCCGAGCAAUCAUGGCUCCCCAACCAGCUGUUCCCGAAAUUUACGAGGACGAGUUGCACUCCGUCGUCGAUGCGCGCACCGAAAGUCUCCAGGCAUUGCGUGAACUAGGUCCGCCUGAUCUGGUCCACCUGGUCAAACAGCCAAAAGGCACCACGAACAAGGUUGGCGUGUACCACCAUGUCACCGGAAUCGAUGCGUCCUCUUCCGCCAGCCUUGCGGCCCAUAUCAACACAUUGACCUUUACGCCUCACGAUAAAACGAACAAGGUUGUGUCGGGAUUGUACUGCUGCUACAAUGCCUUCUCCCGACUUGACAUGCGCGUUCAAGUCUUCAUUCCUGGAUCGGUGGAGAGCUAUUGCAUUGAUGAGCGAGGCGAGAAGCGAGUCGCUUCGGACGAGCUUUGGCUGGAGACGUAUCUGUGCAGCGUCUUGCGCGCCUACUCGUACGCCGAUGACGGUUCUGGCGAUACCAUUAAGAAGAUUGUCGGCGUGAGGCGAUUCAACCCCAUCACAAGCACGGAAGCGGAGCACAAAUUCUUGGAUGCCGCCGAGCGCCUGUUCUUCAAUGGCUGGCAGCUCGGCUCUGACCCGGAGAUUCAAGUUCCUAACCUCGUUUCGAAUCACCUGACCACUGGCCUUUUGGACUACAUCCACACCACCGGACGGUACGCAUCGGGUAUCAAUCUCUUUGAGAAACUGCGAUCUCGGGAUCCUGAAAUCGGCUCUCUGCUUGCACGGGUGUACAUCGCUGCGGACGAGGAGGUCAAGGCCGUCAAGCUGCUCCACGAUUCCAUCCAGGAACUGCCAAUGGACUAUUCUUUACUGGACUGUCAAGCCGAUUUUGUGAACAAAAAGGGACGAGGAGAUCUUGCGCUGGAAAUUGCGAAGCGGAGUGUUGUAUCCGCGCCGAGUGAAUUCGGGACAUGGGCGAGGCUAGCGGAGAUAUACGUCAGUCUCGAGCAGUGGGACUUAGCCCUUUUGACUCUCAACUCUUGUCCCAUGUUCACAUACCAGGAUAAAGAUGCGCCGCGUAUGCCUGAACCUCUUCGGGUCAACCUACCGGUCAUGCCGGAGAGUCAAUGCGACGAGAUUGAUGAUGGUGCGGGCCUAACGGAUUUUGAGACGGUGCACCCUACGUUACGGAAACUCCACGCUGCUGGAUUCAAAGGAACUUUCCUGAAGGCCUACAAGCUCCUCACCAAGGUCACCGAAAAAAUUGGAUGGGAUCAAUUGCUCCGGAUACGUAGUCAAGUCUUCGUCAUGGAGGAAGAGUACAGGCACGAGAAGCAGACCGUUGCAGCCCACCCGCAACCCUCAAGCCGCAACGCCAGCACCAGCGCAAUAAGGUCGCCAAGCCCUCAAACCAAUGGCCACGGCCCCGUAGAAGAGAGCGGCGAGGGCAGCGCAAACGGGGAAGGCCAAUCCAGCGAGGCCGGCGACUCAUUGGAAAAGCCCGAGUCCACGAUUGCUUCCGAGGAGGUCAAAGCAGGAAGCGGUAGCGAGGACCCUGACCCUUCUCACUCUUCGUACACGCAAUUCCAAAACAAGCGCCUUUGCGAGCGCUGGCUCGACAACCUCUUCAUGGUUCUUUACGAGGAUCUGCGCGUCUACACGAUUUGGCGGACUGAAAUGGCGCAAUACCGCCAGCAACAGCUUGUGUACAAGAAGACGCCCGAUGAGUGGGAGAUUCUAGGUGAACUUGCGGAGCGCCUGCAUCACUUUGAGGAGGGCGUGGAGGCCUACCAAGCUUGUCUGAGCGCUAAAUUCUCGCCCAAGGCGAUGCGCGGCGUGCUUAAGCUGUAUGAGCAGCAAGGAGACGUCAGGAACAUGCUUGGCUCACUCAUCAAGCUGGUGACAUGGCAGUACAGGUGGUACUCUGAGUUUUCUCCGCCUUUGCUUUUCACGAUCCGCAGGCUCAUUGAGGAGGAAGGCACCCUCAAGGUGCGGAGCAUCAUCCAGGGCACGAGUCUUCCGCAGCACGUGCUGGAGUUGACGCAUCAGUACACGGCUCUGGUGGCCUCUUUCCGCACGCCGGGCACGGAGUGACUAGCCGAUGCUCCUUAAUAGUAAUGUCCCGAUGUGCGCCGACACGAUUUGAGAUACACACGAGAUAGGAUACCUUCGCAUGGAUUUUCUUGGAGACGGAAAGGGGUUAUGAAGUAGCUUGGAGACUCGGGCUUGAUUAGUUGUAGAGCUGCGAUUGAUUGAAUUGGACCUGUUACUGACUGCAAUGUUGUUCUUCGGCGUGCAUGGCUUAUUGCUUGUAAAGGCAACUGUUAACUUACUGGGGUAGUCUCAUACUUGUCAGCCACGGCCAAUCAAC